GGAGUACAAAAUUUGCUUCGAAAAGUAGACAGCUUGUUAAUAGCUGAAUUUUUGGCGUUCGGCAACUUUGCGGACUCUUCAAUUCUGACAAGAACUCAGAGCUUCGGUUUCUCCAGCAAAAUGGAAAAGAUUCGAACAUUCCAGUUCUGCAAAACAAUGUUCAUUUCCAUGGAGUUUCAUUCUCGUCCUCCUCAACUACAAUUUCCCUGGGCUUGUUCUCGUCUUCUCGCAGUUUCAGGUACUCCCACCUCCCUUUCUGAUCUGCUUGGUUAUUGGGUCAUUUUCUAAAACAGUUUGUGAGCACUGUAAAUUGACGGGUUUUUGAAACUGAACAUAAAAGGAUUGUUCUUGCAACUAAAAGCAAGCUUUUUUGUCUAAUUCCCCAGAUUGAAGUUUGUAUCGUUAUGGCUGAAGCGAAGCUUUAGUUGAUAUACUGGCAUAUGGUUUAGUUUCAAAUUCGUCUCUUUCUGUAUUCAGCAAUUCAAAAUGCAUAAUCUUUUUCUUCGUUUGUGAAAACUGUUUGAGUUGGGUUUUUUUUUUUUUUGCUUCGUAUAUGUGUUAAUGUCAUUUGUAUAGCAACAAAUUGUGGAUUGUGUUGGAUGGCAUGACCUUUUGUGUAAAGACUGUUCUGCUGAUUUGAGAUUAAGAGAAACAGAGUUGUUACUUUCAAUGUUCUCCCAUAAGUUAGCUGGAAGCUCCUUUAAUCGAGUAGAAUUUUCCAUGGAUCCUUUUGGUUAAAAUUAUUGCUGUAAGCUCCUAGUUGAAUAGAAGCUGCCGUUGGACUAGAUUCGCUGCUUGUACGAAAGACAUGUUACUGAAUUACAUGGUUUGUUUAAGUCUGAUAUAAUUUCACGCAAUUUUCCCCAGGAUUUUCUACCAUCUAAUAUUGAGAUUAAACUGUAUAAUGCAUGAGCCUAAACAUAUGUUAGCUUUGAUUGUCUUCGAGAUUAUUUAUUGGUGUCAGUUCAUUCGGGUGCUUUUGGAUUUUUCUUGAUUCAAGAUGAUGGGUGAGAUUGAUACCAAACCCAUUGAGCCAGUGCAAGUAGCAUUGUCUCAUUUUGGUGAAAAAUGUGACCAGAGAAGCAGCAGUCUGGCGGCAGUCUAGAUAAUGGGAAAGAUAAAGAUGCUGAAACCUUACAGAAGGAUCUGGCCAACUACAAGCUGCAACUUGAAGCAAAGGAAUCUGCCUACAUGCAAGUCCUUCUUGAAGUAGAACACUACCAGAAAGCGGCUGAUGAACUUUCCACCCUGCUGAAGAACUCAGAGGUUGAGAGAGAGAAAUGCAUUGAAGAGCAUACAGAAUCCAGGAGCUAUAUACAUGCUCUUGAAUCCAAGAUGAAGGAGAUGCUGAAUCAGCUUGCAGAGAAUGCGAAGGUCCGGGAGCAACUUUUGAAUGUCCUAAAUGAGCUUAAGGUUGCCCAAGAAGAUCUGCUUAACAUGGAAACAGAACUGGCAGCUGCUAGGGAUUUACAGCUCAAAGCAAUGAUGCAAGCUGAAAUGAUGGAAGUUGCUGCAAACAUGGAUAGAGAAAAGUUACAAGAGCUUCUGAAGCAUGUGUCAGAGCUCAAUGAAGCUAUUCUUCGGUUAAAGUUGGCUGCUAUCGAGGCAGACAAAGAGAAGUUUACUAUUUUAUCAGAAAAAGAUGAUGAGAUAGAGUUAGCAAUGGCAUCAGCAGCUCAAGCACAAGAGCAGUUGGAAGAUAUGAGAAGAGAAUUAGAAAGUAUGCAAGAACUUGAGAUUCAGGUCCUGGAGAAAUCUACUUUGGUUGAUAUGCUUAUUUUGGAGCUUAAGCAAGCAGACGAGCAACUUAGGUCAUAUAAGGAAGCUGCUUCUGAUGCUAUGAGUGGUUUGGAGAACCUAAAAGCAGAGUUGGAGAUCAAGGAAGGAAGAAACUCAGAUCAAGCACUCUACAUAGAGACAUUGGAAACAGACAUGGACCAGCUAAAAGUAAAACUGAUAAAUGCUAAUGAAGAGAUAGAUCAGGUGAAAACUAAUGUUGGCAAGCUCACAAGUGAAUUAGAGAAGACUGCAGUAGAGAUGGAUGCAGUUAAGGAAAGAGAGAUCGAAGCACAAGAGGAAAUAGCACUUCUGAAAUCUGAGGUUCACAAAGGAAGAUCUAAAAUUGCAGCUGCAGAGGCAGCUGAAGCAAGAGCAGAAAGUGCCAAAUCAGGAUUAUAUCUUGCUGUUCAGCAACUAGCUGUGGAAGCUGAAGAAGCCAAGAAAGAAAAUCAAAGGUUGAAGCAAAGAACAGAUGAGGAAGCUGAAGAAACUGAAACUUCUAUCCAAAUCAGCUCUCAAGUAGAGAAUUCUCUUCAAAAUAUAGGAGUUUCCCUAACUGACGAGCCCAUGGACGCUUUGAAAAAGGAACUAGAAGUUGCAAUGCUGAAAAUUGAGGAGUUCAGAACUCGAGCAGAACAGGCUUUUACGCGAGCUGAAACAGCAGAGAGAGCUAAAACAGCAGUAGAAGGUCAGCUAAGGAAGUGGCGAGAGCAGAAGGAAAAGAGAAAAGCUGCUUUAGCUGCACUUCGCGAGGAAUCCGUGGGUAGAGAAUAUGAUCCUCCUGGACACAUGACUGCACCCAAAAAAUACCAACCAUUGGGGGAAGUCCUCAAUAUGAAAUUCUAG